CCGACAGCGCCGAGCGCACACACACACCUGCGCGCGCGAUACCGCGACGAUGCUACUUCGUGCGCGUCGCUCGUGAUUCUGCCGUGUGCCAGUGCCGAGUGCCUCAACAGGAUGCUGCGUGGGCGCCUUGUCGCCGCCCUACUGCUCGUCGCUGCCCAACGCGCUUGCCUCGGCGCGCCGACGCCGGACGGCGAGCCGCUGCCGCGGCUGGAGCCGGAGGCGCACCCCAUGGACGACCUGCUGCCCGGCGACGGUGAGAGCGCCAGCAGCGCCGCCCCGGGGGCGGCGCUGGGCCCGGGCGCCGGGCCGCUGGUCUUCGCGGACGCGCCGCGGCACGUGGACGCCGAGCCGGGCGCCUCGGUGCUGCUCGCCUGCCGCACCGCCGAGCCCGUGCUGGAGUGCCGCUGGUCCUGGCAGCCGCUGCCGCCCAGCCAGCGUGAGUAUGCCCGCCCCCGCCGCGUCCGAUCGGCCACGUCCAGCCCUUCUGCCCGAGCAGCGGCCGAGGACGCGCUGACGGCCCCGACGACCAUCUCCGCCGGUGGCGGCUCGCUGCCCGUGCGCACCUUCCCGGCCUUCGGCGACGCCGGCAACGACUGCUCGGUGCGCUUCUCGAGCGCCAGGUACGAGCAGGCCGGCUACUGGAGCUGCGCCGCCCGGCGCCGCGGCGACGCCGACUUCAGCAGCGCCGCGCCCGCCAGGCUCGGCAUCGCACCCGUCGGCAGCGUUGCGCCCAUAGGCUUCGCCGAGCAGCCCUGGGCGAUCGAGACGCCGGCCGGCGCGGGAGCGCGCCUGCCCUGCCGCACGCUGUCGCCGGUGCGCGAGUGCCAGUGGUCGUGGCGCCGACUGAACCAGUCGCAGCCGUGGGACGCGGAGCUGCGUCAGUUCCCGGCGGACGGCGACGCGCCGCGCAGCUGCGACCUGGCGCUCGCCGCGGUGCGCGCCGAGCACGAGGGCCUCUGGACCUGCGGCGCCCGGCUGGCCGCCGGCGCGCCCUUCGCCCAGAGCUCGCCCGUGCGGCUGCUCCUCUCCGAAGUUGAGUUUGUGCAGCUGUCGCGCGGCAUCCAGACCAGCGCCGGCGAGACGCUGCUGCUGCGCUGCCUCGCCAACAAGCCCGUCUUCGAGUGCCAGUGGACCUGGCGGCCGAGCAACGCCAGCGCCAACGCCACGCUGCUGCGCCGCUUCGCGCCCGGCCGCGCGGCCGAGCACGACUGCUCGGCGCGCUUCCGCAACGUGCUGCGCGGCGAGCAGGGCCUCUGGACCUGCGGCGUGCGCCUCACGCCCGGCGGCAUCCUGCACGAGGCGCCGCCCACCAGCGUGGGCCUGCUGCCCUCGGGCCGGCUCAGCUUCACCGAGGCGCCCGAGAGCACGGCCGCGGCGCUCGGCGGCGCCGCCACGCUGCGCUGCGCCACCAGCGCGCGCGUCGAGCGCUGCGCCUGGGCCUGGCGGCCGCUGGCCGGCGCGCCCGACGCGCGGCCCACCACGCUGCACGAGUUCCCGAGCCACGGCGAGCUGGGCCGCAACUGCAGCCUGCGGCUCGCGAGCCUGAGCCGCGAGGCGCAGGGCUACUGGACCUGCCGCGUGUUCGCGCCCGGCCAGGCGGCCGCGCUGGCGCCCGCGCCCGCCAAGCUCACCGUCUACGAGCGGGGCGAGGUGGGCUUCUCCGAGCUGUCGCAGGACAUCCAGGUGUCGUCGGGCGGCACGGUGGGGCUGCGCUGCGUCGCGCUGGCGCGCGUCGAGCAGUGCCGCUGGUCGCUGACGCCCGACGCCUCGGCCAACACCACCGUGGUCGUGAAGCAGUUCGCGCCGGCCGGACCCGAGGCGCGCGACUGCAGCGUCAAGCUGUCGCACGCGCUGCGCGAGCAGGAGGGCCUCUGGACCUGCGGCGCCCGGCUGCACGCCCGCCAGAACUACACGGAUGCGCCGCCCGCCCGACUCAGCCUCAUCGAGCCAGAACCGAUCUCGGUGACGGUAUGGGCUGUGCUCCAUCAAAUGGUCAACCUUGCCUGUAAAACUGGACUCACCGCUCACGAGACGCAGUGCUUUUGGAGGCACGGCGAACACUUGAAACUGCCCGAGCCAGCGAGAAAUCUCAGCGGCAUCAGCAGGAAAAUCAAAUACACGAUAUCGAUGAAUCGUUCGACUGGAGUUUGCAGUCUGCAAUUCACACCGACCGACAGCAAAGAUUUUGGCGAGUGGAUCUGCGAUUUUAUCGUCGACGACGAGCAUGUUACUGCGGAACUCGGCAGUGCUUCAAUCUUACUUAUCGAUAAUUCACCAGAUCAACAGUUAGGCUGGCUAGUAGGCGCAAUCACCUCGACAGUACUUUUCUUAUUGAUAAUCGUGGUGGUUGUAGUAGUCUGCAAAGCGCGGCUGUGCACUCGCAAGAUCCCCACCUUCCUGGAAACUCUUCCACCGGCGCAAGUAUCACACGGCAACAGAGUACUUGGUAACCAGAACGCAUCGAAGAUCGACUUGAGCUAUUCCAAUCCGAAUUUCCUCGCGUCGCCUGUGAAUAUCAGCAGUGUAUUGCCAAAUAGAAGUCCUCAUUUGUACGACAAGGUUGGCAAAAGAGAAGCACCCAAGACUCACGAGAACAUCAAUAAGUCGUAGGCUAUGUCACUUUUCUUUACUGAAAAAAUCAAUUGUUAGAUCAUUUGUCGCGGGCCUCUGUGUAGUAUUACGCUAAUAUGUUAUGCAAAAGUGGAUCAAAACAAGAUUGACAAUUAGGCUUAUUCCAACAAGCUUUUUCCGUUAGAAGUGAUACCUAUAGAGAAAUACAUGUUUUAGAGAGUAUUUAUGCAUAUAACUAAAUCUUGAUAUUAUUUUACACCUUCAGAACAAGACUGACUAAUUGUUGUGUUAAUCAAUGUUUUAUCAAUGGGCAUGUGAAUAAAACUUGUGAUUGUCCUAAGGGUGUAAUAUAUUUCUUUAUUUUAAAUAUCUGCAUCUGUUAUUUUUAAUAGAACUGUUAAAGUUAUUAGAUAUUUAUACAAUAUUCUAUUAACAAAUAAAAAAGCAAAUUUAUAAAAUAAU